AUGGGAACAGGACAGCUGUGUGGGGGCGGAAGGUGCGUUUGGGAGAGAGGGUAACGAGCUAGGAAAGGGCAGCGCUCAAAUGGACUUCCGUUAAUAGAUGUACGCAGCCUGCCAAGGAAUCCUGUGUUGCGGUGGCUUUGAAAGCCAAGCCUUUUCCUUGAGAGCUGAGGUCCAGCGAAGCCAAUUCUCCAUCAUCUGUCAAACGCUCCCACGACAAACAAAGAGAGGUUUUCUGAAAGGCAUGCUGGGUAAUGUAUUUUUAUUUUGAACUUUUCACCCGCUCUAUUCCUUGGAAUUGGCUUUAAACUAAUAAAGUGUGAUACAGUUGUCAGGCUUUCCAGGGUCACAUGGGGGAUUUCAUUACGAGCGGCUUCCUUACGACCUACUUUCCUGUCGUUUGAAAAUGUCAGAUUAAAGGGGUGGAGAGUUGUAAAGAGCCAGGUUGAGUUCAUUAAGCGCAUCUGUCAACGCGAUUGGUAUUUAAGGGCUCGGUGUAAGGGUUCUUGGGGUCAUAGCACUUUAGUACCUAUUGCCUAUCCACUAUCCUACUCCUUGAGCAAGGACACCUAGAGAGAUGGAGAGACCAUUCAUGAGAGUACAUGCUGGUAAACCCAAACAGAUAUGCAGUGCCUUCAGAAAGCAUUCACACCCUUUGACUUUUUCAAAAUGUUGUUGUGUUACAAAGUGGGAUUAAAAAGGAUUUAAUUGUAAUUUUUUUUGUCAACGAUCUACACAAAAUACUCUGUAAUGUCAAAGUGGAAGACUACAUGACCAAAAGUAUGUGGACACCUGCUCGUCCAACAUCUCAUUCCAAUAUCAUGGGCAUUAAUAUGGAGUUGGUCCCCCCUUUGCUGCUAUAACAACAAAGUAUUGAGUAAAUGGUCUGAAUACUUAUUUAAAUGUGAUAUUUCAAAAAAAAAUUAUGUCAAUACAUUUGCAAAAAUUUCUAAAAACCAGUUUUUGCUUUGUCAUUAUGGGGUAUUGUGUGUAUAUUGAUGAGGAAAAAAAUAACAAUUUAAUCCAUUUUAGAAUAUGGCUUUAGUAACUAAAUGUGGAAAAAGUCAAGGGGUCUGAAUACUUUCCGAAUGCAUUGUAGAUUUAAGUCAAAACUGUAACUCGGCCAGGUGAAUUCAUCUCCCAAUGUCUGGUAGAAAGCAGACUGAACCAAGUUUACUUCUAGGAUUUUGCCUGUGCUUAGCUCCAUUGCAUUUCAUUUUUAUCCUGAAAAACUCCCCAGUCCUUAACGAUUAUCAGCAUGCCCAUAACAUAAUGCAGCCACCACUAUGCUUGAAAAUAUGGAGAGUGGUACUCAGUAAUUGUAUUGUUAUAUUGUAUUUGACCCAAACAUAACACUUUAUUCAGGAUAAAAAGUGAAUUGCUUUGUCACAUUUUUUGCAGUAUUACUUUAGUGCCUUGUUGCAAACAGGAUGCAUGUUUUGGAAUAUUUUUAUUCUGUACAAGCUUCCUUCUUUUCACUCUGUCAAUUAGGUUAGUAUUGUGGAGUAACUACAAUGUUGUUGAUCCAUCCUCAAUUUUCUCCCAUGACAGCUAGAGAUACACUGUAUAUACAAAAGUAUGUGGACACCCCUUCAAAUUAGUGUAUUUCAGCCACACCCGUUGCUGACAGGUGUAUAAAAUCGAGCACACAGCCAUGCAAUCUCCAUACACAAACGUUGGCAGUAAAACUACCGAGUUCCAAACUGCCUCUGGAAGUAAUGUCAGCUCAAGAACUGUUCGUCGGGAGCUUCAUGAAAUGGGUUUCCAUGGCCGAGUAGCCGCACACAAGCCUAAGAUCAUCAGGCGCAAUGCCAAGUGUCGGCUGGAGUGGUGCAAAGUGGUGUUUGGCGCAUGCCAGGAGAACGCUGCCUGCCUCAAUGCAUAGUGCCAACAGUAAAGUUUGGUGGAGGAGGAGUAAUGGUCUGGGGCUGUUUGUCAUGGUUUGGGCUAGGCCCCUUAGAUCCAGUGAAGGAAAAUCUUAACGCUACAGCAUACAAUGACAUUCUAGACCAGUGUUUCCCAACCGGGGGUACGCGUACCCCUAGGGGUACGUGAGCAGUCCCCAGGUGGUAUGUGUGAAGAUUUUCAAAAAUUUGAAGAAAACAUUUUUGGGAAAAAUAUAUUAAAUGUAAUUCCAUUUGAAUAGGCAGGAAAACAUCUACUGAGGUCACUGGUAUGAAAUCUCUAGUUAUUUUAUAUUUAUAGGCCUAGUUUUUUACUUUAGUUUCGGUGUGUGCGCAUUGCUCUGUCUACCUGGCCUCUGCCCACCCGCUCGCCCGUAUGCUCAAUGUUUGAUCCUAGAGUGCCUGCUGCUGUUAUCCUCACAGAAACUAUGAAUGAUAAGACAGCAGCUGAUGAACUGAAGACUGUACCAUUGUCAAAUAACACGGUGUGCCAUGGGGUCGAUGACAUGGGCGUUGAUAUUAUUGAUCAAUUGGUGAAUUAAAAAAAUGACAUCUGAUCAAUUUUCUCUGCAGUUGGACAAAUCGACUGAUGUCAGUCUGGAAGCCCAGUUGAUUGCGUUUGUGCGAUACAGAGACAUUUAGGAAAUUAAUGAGCACAUUCUGUUCUGCCUGAAGCUAACAGGGAGAUCUACAGGUGAGGAUCUGUUUCACGUAAUUGACAGCUUUUUCUCAGAACACUAUCUGGAUUGGAAAUCCUGUUUUCAUGUGUGCACGGAUCAUGCUGCAUCAAUGCUUGGGAGAGUGAAAUUAUGAAUUGCCCACAUAAAGAAGGUAAAUCCCACUGUAUCAUUCACAGAGAGGCAUUGGCCAGCAAGAUAAUGAGUCCUGAGUUACAUUAUGUUUUGAAUGACGCAGUGAAAGUGAUUCACUUUAUAAUGUCCAGGCUUCUGAAUCACCGACUGUUUGAAAGGCUCUGUGAUGACAGUGGGACCGAGCACAAGCAGCUACGGCUUCACGCCGACGUCCGUUGGCUAUCCAGAGAGAAAACGCUACAGAGGCUUUUUGAGCUGCGAGCCGAAGUAAGUGAUUUUCUGUCUGAGCACUCACAUCCCUUGUGGCUGUGUAUGAGGACACCGACUGUAGAGUCCGCCUUGCCAAUCUUGCUGAUGUGUUCAGCAAACUGAACAACCUGAAUCUAACUCUGCAAGGUAGACACACACUUUCUAAACAUGUAUGACAAAGUGUGUGGAUUCAUGAAGAAGAUCAAACUCUGGGAGAGGAAAUGUGAAGAUGGGGAGGUAAGUUGUUUCCAGCAGCUUGACACCUCUUUUUACGGGUGAUGUUGACAGAGCUCCUAUGGUGCAGAUAGUAAGCUCACAUUUAUCCAAACUCAACAGUGAGUUCAACUCCUACUUCCUUGACAUUGAAAACAAGUCUGCGAAACCACAUUUGUCAAAUGUACAGCUAAUACAGGAAUCACGCCGGUCGCACACGCAUGAGGGGGUACUUCAGGCAGGUCAAAGUGUUUUAGGUGUACAGUACCCAAAAAAGGUUGGGAACCACUGUUCUAGACGAUUCUGUGCUUCCAACUUUGUGGCAACAGUUUGGGGAAGGCCCUUUCCUGUUUCAGCAUGACAAUACUCCCAUGCACAAAGUGAGGUCCAUACAGAAAUUGUUUUCGAGAUCGGUGUGAAGACCUUGACUGGCCUACACAGAGCCCUUACCGCAACCCCAGCGAACACCUUUGGGAUGAAUUGGAAUGCCGACUGCGAGCCAGGCCUUAUCGCCCAACAUCAGUGCCCGACCAUACUAAUGCUCUUGCGGCUGAAUGGAAGCAAGUCCCCGCAGCAAUGUUCCAACAUCUAGUGGAAAGCCUUCCCAGAAGAGUGGAGGCUGUUCUAGCAGCAGAGGGGAGACCAACUCCAUAUUAAUGCCCGUGAUUUUGGAAUGAGAUGUUCGACAAGCAGGUGUCCACAUACUUUUGGUCAUGUAGUGUAUCAGGUUUUUUGGAUUAGCUGCGUCUCCACAACCGCCGUUCGACCUUCCGCAUCUGCGGUAGAAGGUGGCUGAGCUACAGCGUUGUAUUUCAGACCAUGAGACGUCCCGAAAAUCAAUCUUCUCACGAAAACAUCGGUACGGUUUGGCCUACAAAACUAUUGUGACUAUGGAAAGGGGAGACUCUCACAAACACGAUGGUGUUCUCUGUUUUGCUCUAAGACCCUCACAAUUGUCACAGGACUUGUCUGAAGGUAACCCAUACAAACGAAUUGAGGUAUGGAGGUAGUUUUGUGCCAACAAAAAUAACGGGUUAAGUAUGUGUCCCAAACAUCCCUGAGCGGUUUCCUUCCUCUCCAGCAACUGAGUUAGGAAGGACACCUGUAUCUUUGUAGUGUCUGGGUGUAUUGUUACACCAUCCAAAGUGUAAUCAAUAACUUCACAAUGCUCAAAGGGAUUUUCAAUGUCUGCUUUUUUUAUUUUUACCCAUCUACCAAUAGGUGCCCUUCUUUGCAAGGAAUUGGAAAACAUCCCUAUGUGACUUGUUGAGCACAUUUUUACUCCUGAACUUAUUUAGGCAUGCCAUAACAAAGGGGUUGAAUACUUAUUGCCUGAAGACAUUUUAGCUUUUCAUUUUUAAUACAUUUAUAGAAAUUUCGAAAAACAUAAUUCCACUUUGACAUCAUUGGGUAUUGUGUGUAGGCCAGUCACAAAAAAAAUCAUCACAAUUUAAUCAAUUUGAAAUUGAAUAUACUAGUCGCACAUUGUUGAAGAAAAGUUUAAAAUGAAAUCACAAUCCCAGAUUUUAGUGAGAUUCACCCCCAAUUGCUUCAGCUAGAACUAGGGUUACAAUCUCACAGUGAAUUACAAAGCAGUUAGCACGCUAACAGCUAAUUUCCGAUAACAACGCUGGUUUACAAAUUACGGUAACAACUGACCCUGCAAAUGACCCUUAAAGUCUAAGGGUGACAUUUUCAUGGUGCAAAAGAGCAAACUCAAUCUUUGCUCUUUUGCACAAUGAAAAUGUCUCUGUCAGACUUCGAGGGUCAUUUGUUACCAGUGUUGUUACCUGAAAUUAGCCAUUAGCAUGCUAGCUGCUUUGUAAUUCACCCUGAAACGUAUUCCAAAUUGGCCUUAGCUGCUAGCCUGCUAUUUAUGUUGGGGGAUACCCUAGUUCCUGUCUGUCUGUCUCUGCGAGUCAGUGCUGUCCACCAGUUACAUUCUGACAGAUCCCAAGGCCCCCAGCUCCAUAUCCUGGCAUGUUGUAGCAGUAAAGCAUGUGACUGAAGGGCCUAUAAAGUCGCCUCUGAUGACAUCUACAUGUUAGUCAUUUAGCAGACGUUCUUAUCCAAAGCGACUUACAGUAGCAAUUAGGGCUAAGUGCCUUGCUCAAUGGCCCAUCAACAGUUUUUUCCCCCACGUUGUCAGCUCGGGGAUUUGAACCAGUGACUUUUUCUUUACUGGACCAACUCUCUUAACUGCUAGGUUACUUGCCGCCCAUACCUUAUAGUAUAUACCAGAGCAUGUAAUGAUCUACAGACAGCCCGAAUGGAGUGUGAUACCGUUCUCAUGUUGGGGUGCUAACAUUUACAUUUUAGUCAUUUAGCAGACGCUCUUAUCCAGAGCGACUUACAGUUAGUGAGUGCAUACAUGUUUUCAUACUGGCCUUCCCUUUACAGCUGUUUCAUUGGAAAUGGCUCAUAUGACUCACAUACUACUGCUUCAACUUCUGUGAUGUUUGUUUGAUGCAUUUCUAUGACUGUGCCAACAACAGAUAUAAUAUAAGUAUUGACAUGCUACAACUCCUGAUACCAGAUUUCGUUUUUUUUAAUGUUAUUUUACUCAUCCUUUAUUUAACCAGGGAAGUCACAUGAUGGUUUUACAACCUUACUAGCAGGAGGAAAGAGGCUGUGCUUGUGGUCACCAGUGAUGGAUAAUUAUAUUUCUCUCUGACUCUAGCUGGGAGAUCAUUGAUACGGACCAGGACAGCAGAUCUGGAGCUGGGCUACAGGUCACAGACUCCUGGACGAGCUUCAAGCUCUUUCUGCAGGAGACCUCCUCCUUCAAGCAGGAGAAUCCAGGCAAGGUGAGGCAAAUGUGAUUUGGAAUGCCUGAUGCAUUAUUUUAUAUGACUGGAUAUUUAGUAUUUGCCUUUAAUCCCAACUGAAAAGUAUGAUUGAUACAAUCAAUUUACCUGAAUUAUCUUAGAUGCAGCCCGAUUGAUGCAUUGUAUGUCAAGUUCUAAAUCAAUUAUAAAACUUGAGUCCCUUCUCUCCUCUUCCUUGCACCAAUGUUUUUCUCUUGUUAUGUCACUCACUGACAGUCACUCAAUUAGCCAUGUCGGCUAACAAUUUUUAGCGAGCUAUCUAAACUUGUAGUAAUCAUGGCCGAAUACCGAUCUGGCACGCAGGGCACGUGCACAAGGGCCCCAACCUCCAGGAGGCCCACAUUGAUUUUUUUAGUCAUUCUCACUCAGAUAUCAUAUUAACAUGGCAUAAAUCAUUACAAAAUGUGUAGAAUUGCAGGAAAUUAGCUGUAAAAGUGCAAAUUUGUUAUCUCUGUCCCAUGGCAAAAUGAGUAGAAUUGCAUGAAAUGUGUAAUAAAAUUGCGAAGUUUUCUCUCCUCCCCAUGGCGAAAUGUGUGGAAUUGCAGAAAACAUGCUUUAAAACUGUAUCAUGUUCUCUACGCCCCAUGGAAAAAUGUAUAGAAUUGCAGGAAAUGAACUUUGAAACGUACAUCUUUCUCUCCACCGUCAAGAGGGGGGCCACUAAAAUGUUUUGCCAUGAGGUGUGGGUGCCAACCAAAUCUCGCUUAGGGCCCCCAAAAAGCUAGAGCUGGCCCUGGUUGCAACCUAAUAAAUGUUGCUCUCUUUCCUUCUUCCCAAUCUUAGUUUUGCUUGCUGGUCUGCAGUUUGUGCACCUUUUUGGCUGUUUUAGGACGCUACAUUCCAGGUGUUCUCAUCUUAUAUGUUUUAGGUAAGUUGUUGCGAUCAUCCUACCAUAUCUUUGGACAACUAGCCAAUAUGCAAAGCACAAAAUAAUAUUCUGGAGAAUGUGUUGAUUCAAACUGAUGUAUCAUCACUUUGGUACAGUUGAGAUUAUGAAAUGUCUUUAUAGCGGAAUGUUACAACUCGUGAACCCAGCUUUAGGAAGAAGUUGACAUUCAAUGCAUUGUCCUCCUCCAAUUCUGAGCUGAACUAUUGUGGUUAACAUUUGACAUGCAGCAUCUUUGCUUCAUCCAGUGAUAUUGGCCACUAGUUGUGAUACAAACCUUAUCAAAACAUAUAGGCCUGUGGGAUACGCUACAUGAGGUGUGCGACUAUGAUUAGAAAAAAUCGCAAAAACAGACAUGAGUUUCCUGCCUUACUGCACACAAGCUGGGCCUCAUUCACAAGUGAUAAUAUAUCAUUCACAAGUGACAGGCUAAUAUUGUCACCCAUCAGACUAUCCUUGAUUUAAUCUUUACAUAUACUAAAUAAUAUAUGUGUGAAAUUAGUUUUGAUUUAGAAUGGACCAUUAUCAUGCACCUGUCGGAAUAGGGGCAGGGGCAAAAAAUACGUAAUCUAUGCACUUAAAUAGCGACUGGAGGACGUGUUUCAUUUUCAUGCCAGCCAGGUAGGCUAUACUCCUGUUGUAAAGAAAAGAAAUGUGCUUAAUAUUAGGAAAGUUGAGAAAUAAAUAUAGUGCUCCUCUUUUUAAUAGAGGCCAUCACUCUGUUUUCUCACGCAAUUGCAUAGCCUAUAGAAAUGUUGCUCAACAUGAGCUCAUGGGCUCUCAUGAAGUGUUUGUUUAGAUUUUCGAAUACAUUUGCAUUGAUGUCAGAGUGAUUAGAGGGACAAUAGUGCUGAGUACCAGGCAGUUAGCAAGUUUGGUAGGCUACUAAUGACCAUCAGCAGCAUCAGAGCUGGGAGAACCCUAAUUACCGUGACUAAACGGUCACGUGGAAUUUGACUGCCGUCAUACUCGUGACCGCCGGUGUGGUGGUAAUCCGAUCACCGUAACAGCCCCAGCUCCUCCAUCUGUUAACUAUGUCUCCCCCAUGUUCUUGCCCCCCCCUUCCCCUUUUUGGUGUCUUAUUAGUGCUGGGCAUCUUCCUGUGGCCACUGAUGUCAGCGCAUGACUUUGGGUUGUGGAUGAAGCCAGUUCUGCAUAAACUGGGCUUCGGACUGGAAAGAUUCCUUCAGAAAAUCAGAGAGAAUCAUGGUAACUAACCACUCCAAGAUCGCACACACAAACACACACGCACGCACAAUAACAACAGAUCCACAGAUGUUUUAUUCUGUGUUUCAGAAAAGAGACUCCUUCAGGCACAAGCUGACCGGGAGAGUAUUGAAGCCGAUCUGUCCUCUCUUUUCCCCAGGGUUGGUUCAUCCUUUGCUGUAAUCUACAGUGCUAUGAAAAAGUAUUUGCCCCCUUUCAAAUUUUCUCUACUUUUGCAUAUUUGUGAUACUGAAUGUUACCAGAUCUUCAACCAAAACCUAAUAUUAGAUAAAGGGAACAUAAGUGAACAAAUAACACAAUUACAUAUUUAUUUCAUAAACAAAGUUUACACACCACCAACACCAUGCUUGACCUUUGGUAUGAUGUUCUUACUGUGGAAUGCAGAGUUUGGUUUUCACCAGGCAUUACUGGAACCAUGUCGUCCAAAAAGUUAUACUUUUGAAUCAUCUAUCCAUAGAACGUUCUUCCAAGAGUCUUGAUGAUCAUCCAGGUGCUUUUUGGCAAACUUGAGUCAACUUUUUGGACGAGAUGGGUUCCAUUAUGCCUGGCGAAAACCAAACUCUGCAUUCCACAGUAAGAACAUCAUACCAAAGGUCAAGCAUGGUGGUGGUGGUGUGAUGGUUUGGGGAUGCUUUGCUGCCUCAGGACCUGGACGACUUGCCUUAAUAGAAGGAACCAUGAAUUCUGUUCUGUAUCAGAGAAUUAUACAGGAGAAUGUCAGACCAUCCGUCUGUGAGCUGAAGCUGAAGCUGAAGCGCAGCUGGGUCAUGCAGCAAGACAAUGAUCCAAAACACACAAUCAAGUCUACAUGAAAAUUGCUAAAAAGCAACAAAUUGGAAGUUUUGGAAUGGCCUAGUCAAAGUCCAGACCUAAUCCCAAUUGAGAUGUUGUGGCAGGACUUGAAACGAGCAGUUCAUGCUUGAAAACCCACACGUCACUGAGUUAAAGCAGUGCUUCAUGGAAGAGUGGGCCAAAAUUCCUCCACAGCGACGUGAGAGACUGAUCAACAACUACAGGAAGCAUUUGGUUGGAGUCAUUGCAGCUAAAGGUGGCACAACCAGUUAUUGAGUGUAAGGGGGCAAUUACUUUUUCACACAGGGGAAUUGGGUGUUGCAUAACUUUGUUUAUGAAAUAAAUAUGCCAUUGUUGUGUUAUUUGUUCACUUAUGUUCCCUUUAUCUAAUAUUAGGUUUUGGUUGAAGAUCUGAUAACAUUCAGUAUCACAAAUAUGCAAAAGUAGAGAAAAUUAGAAAGGGGGCAAAUACUUUUUCAUAGCACUGUAAUUAGACAUUUGUGGACAGUCAUUGAAAUUCAAUGCUCAUGAUCCAUAUCUGGGUUUCGCAAGAGUGGGGUUAGUUAAUUAUUAUAAUUUUUUUAUUAUAUAUAUAUUUUUUGUCAUUUAGCAGACGCUCUUAUCCAGAGCGACUUACAGUUAGUGAGUGCAUACAUUUUCAUACUGGCCCCCCGUGGGAAACGAACCCACAACCCUGGCGUUGCAAGCGCCAUGCUCUACCAACUGAGCUACAGUUGUCAAUAUUGUUGGCUCUAUAGCUCUUUGGUCUCUCUAAGAUGAUGCACACAGCUAUUUAUUAUUCCUGACCUGAGUUUGUCCUGACCUGGGUCGUGUUCAGAAGGGAGGAACCAUUCUGGAAACGGGAAAGUUCUACCUGAACAUGUCCAAUAAGAACACAGAUUUCCAUGUUUCUUUGCAAAACAUUUGGCUAUGGGGUGCCGUACUGAACAUGACCCAGGUGAUCUGGCCACAAAAAAACUCUGGUCCCUAGUUAUGACCUCGUCACCUGACUCUGACCUGACAAGGAAAAGGGACUACAGUUUUUCCAGGCCAGGUUCAGUAGGGCACACCGUAGCAAAUGUUGUACAAAGGAAAAAGUACAUACUGUAUGUGUUCUUAUUUGACCGUUCAGGUAGUACAUUUCUGUUUCAAAACAUUUUUUUCCUACCGAACAUGACCCAGAAAAAAAGUAGGGCCCUAAUAAUGUUAUUGUUACUUGCAACAGUUGGACUCCACAGUUUGUAAGGAGAUGUCUAUAUCGGACACAGAGGCCUCUGAUGUGACGUGGACAGACAACGGAACAUUUAACCUGUCUGAGGGACAUACGCCCCAGACUGAGAACUCAGAUGGUGAGUGUUACUGUGUGUGUGUGUGUGUGUGUGUGUGUGUGUGUAUUCCAGCGUGAGUACAUAUGUAAUAUUCCAAACAUUUAGAAUCAAGUGAAGUGCCAAGUAUUUUCAAUUGUGUGUUCGUUUUUGUCAACUCAAAAUGUCACCCUAUAAUACAAAGUAACUGUAAUUCACAUGGCAGUUGUUUUUAUUUUCCUGCAGACCUAGACAGAGAAGAACUAUUCACAGCGGGCCUCCCGGAAUUCCCCUCCUUGGAAAAUGGCACCAAUGGGGAGGACGAUGACGACCUGAGCAUCGGCCUACCCACCCCCCCUCCCCAAUCCCAGCCCCAACACAGCAGAGCCAAGGGGGCGUCCGCACCCCCCCUCCAGGGGGACCCCUCCACUCAGGCCCUGGAGUUCGUCCACAAGAUGGCGGGCGACGUCAUUGCCGCCGCCGCCACCGCCAUCAUUCAGGAGAGGCUGGAGGCCGCCAUCGGCACCACCAUACCCACAGACCCCCACCCCCACCCCAGGUCCCUGCUGUUCCCCAACCCCACGACACUGCUGCCCCUGGACCUGGCCGAGGAGUCGUCAUCGGACAGCGAUGUGGAGGAAUUUGAGCUGCUGGACCAGUCCGAGCUGGAGCAGCUGGAAGGGGAGCUGGGCCUUGGGGCGAGCGCGGCAGUGGCGGCCAAAGAGCCCAAAAAAUCCUUGUCUUCUUCCGGUGGCUUCUUUUCCAAACUCCUGGGCCGCCACUGAUUAGAGCAGGGGGUUCAGGAGGAUGUGGUGCAGGUCUUGUAGGAGUUAGAGGGUAGAGGGCACGUGGAGACUGAGAGAGGGGCCCUGUUUGGG